UGCAAGCACAUGGAGCCUCUCUGGGAAAUGACUUUUGACAAUGCAAAUAUAUAAAUAUUGCAUGAGUUUUGCCCCACUUUUGGAUGAGUUUUCCAUCAUGAGAGCAAUUCUGCUUGUUGCAACCCUCCUUGGGGCAACGUUGGGCCAGGAAACCUUUGCUGGGGACCAGGUUCUGCGGGUGGAGCCGUGCAACGAAGAACAGGUCCAGCUGCUGAAAGAGCUCCGAGUCCUGGAGCCUCUGCAGCUUGACUUCUGGAGGUUCCCGUCGUAUCCGAAUGAGCCCGUGGACAUCCAAGUGCCUUUCGCUUGCCUUCAAGAUGUCAAAGUUUUCCUGGAAUCCCGUGGCAUCAAGUAUUGUGUCAUGAUGGAAGAUGUCCAGGCCGCGGUGGACGAAGAAAGACGCGAGAUGUACCUCAACCAGCGGAGGGAACGUGGCAGCAACAGCUUUAAUUAUGGCGCUUACCACCCUUUAGAAACCAUUUAUCAAGAAAUGGACAACAUUGUGGCUGAAUAUCCCAAACUUGUGAGCAAACUGCAGAUUGGGGAGUCCUACGAGAAAAGGCCCCUCUACGUCCUUAAGUUCAGCACCGGAGGGAAGAACCGGCCCGCCAUCUGGAUCGAUGCGGGGAUCCAUGCGCGGGAAUGGGUCACCCAGGCCACCGCUUUAUGGACCGCAAAGAAGAUCGCCUCCGAUUACGAAUACGAUCCUUCCGUGAACUCCCUAUUAAACACAAUGGACCUUUUCCUGUUGGUUGUUGCAAAUCCAGACGGAUAUGUCUUCUCUCAUACGAAAAAUCGCAUGUGGCGAAAAACCCGGUCUGAGAUCCCCGGCAGCCUUUGCGUCGGAGUGGAUCCCAACCGGAACUGGGAUGCAGGCUUUGGAGGUCCUGGAGCCAGCAGCAACCCUUGCUCUGAUUCGUACCACGGUCCGAGUGCUGACUCGGAAGUGGAGGUCAGGUCUGUGGUGGACUUCAUCAAGAGUCACGGGAACGUUAAGGCCUUCAUCAGCAUCCACAGCUAUUCCCAACUCCUGAUGUUCCCCUACGGAUACACCUGUGACAACAUCCAGGAUCACGCAGAACUGGAUGACCUUGCCAGAGAGGCUGUGACAGCCUUAGAGGAAGUCUAUGGCACGAAAUACACGUUCGGGAGUACGAUUGACACCAUCUACCAAGCCGACGGGACAACCAUCGACUGGAGUUACGACAACGGGGUCAAAUAUUCCUACACUUUUGAGCUCCGAGACACAGGGCGAUAUGGCUUCAUUUUGCCCGCGGACCAGAUCAUCCCGACCGCAGAAGAAACCUGGGUAGCGCUCAAGAAGAUCCUGGAACAUGUCCAUAGCCACCCUUAUUAAAACCCAGAGCAGGGUCCAGCAAAGUCCAACCCCCUUCGGUCGUGCAGGAAUCCACAACUAAAGCACUCCUGAAAGAUAACCAUCCCCUGUGAUAGAAUACUUUUGUGAUAAGGAACCGGGGUUUUAAUUUAGUGGCAUAAAUCGCAAGUGGGAAAUAAAAAUAUACAUAAUGA